AUGUCUAUCCGAAUUGGUGGACUUGGCCCAGGUGUGAUAAUAUUAGCCACCUUAUGGGGAGUGUGUAUGACAUUAUAUCUAGCAUUCUCCAGAAGUCGUGGAGUGUAAGUUACUUAUCUUUAUAAUAUCGUACCAAAUAGAGCAUUAAAACUCUUGAUUUUUUAAAUAAUAUAAGCUUUAAAACGCGCCAUUAUUUUUGCAUCAAUGUAAAACAUACAAUUGAUAAUUAAACCCAUAAAAACUAUAAAAACUUUCAAAAUUUCAGACAAGCAGGUCUAAAAUACAUUAUUCUUGCUGCUGUCCCAACAGCUAUAUUAUUAUUGUGGCCCAGAGAAAGCUGUGAUAAUGUAGAAGAACUAAUCGCAGACAGUGAACGAUUACCUACCGAUUACAUUGCUAUACCUAGAUUUGUGUUAGCUGGUACUCUUGUACUCCUAGUAUUUGUGUUUGGUAUUCAAUAUGUUCAACAGCAACUAUUCUUUGUUCAUCGCGCUAUACCUAUCAAGUCAGAUUAG